GAUAAUCGAUGUCAACGUCAGGGUUCGAUUUACAACACUAUAAUUAACCAUGUUUAUUAUAAUACAACAUCUUACAGAAAAACAUUGAACCCAAGCAAUGGUUGAAGAAAAAUAAGUAGAGUAAAAAUAGUUGGAGUACAGCCUUGUCCUUCGAGCAACCCGGUGCUGCCUGCUAAAAAAACAAACAAUAAAAUAAUUAAUACAUCUAUGCGACGCUGAACAAGAAACAUGAGGCAGAGGAGCAUCGGAUACAGGUUGGGGAUGAGGUGGUAAUUUGAAAAACGGCAGGACCGAGUUUGCGAAGUAGGGUUAUAUACCUUACAGGUUGAUGGGAACUUGCCGGUAAUUAUGCACCAAUGAAAUGUACUAGGCACUUGUAUUAGUUUAAUUGCUCCCUGAAUCUUUCACUUCACCCUGUACCACUCUGUCGUGUUCCCUCCUAACCCUGCUCUCUUGUGUUUUUAGAAAGUAAUCUCAAACUGUUCAGACAGUUGCGCAAAAGGACAAUUUAGGAAAACUGCAGGCGGACAGCAUACCUGUUGUUUUGAAUGUUUAAACUGCACAGGAAAUCACUAUUCUGAUCCUAUGGAUAUGUAUCAGUGUCUACCCUGUGAUCACCAUACAGAGUGGUCCCUUCCUGGAGAUGCAGAGUGCAGCAAAAAAGAACUGGAAUACUUUAUGCUGAGUGACUUCUUUGCAAUUGCACUGCUUAGUUUUGCAGCUAUUGGAGUCGCCCUUGUAUGUGUAAUUGUAGUUAUUUUCAUUAGGUAUAGGAAAACCCCAGUUGUCAAAGCAUCAGGUGGGGCCAUCUGUUACGUGAUUCUGCUCUGCUUGUUUUGUAAUUUUGUCUGUUCUGUCUUUUUUGUAGGGGAGCCACGUAAUAUAAUUUGCCAAGUCAGACAGGUCCUCUAUGGCUUGAGUUUCGCAUGUUGUGUCUCAUGUAUUUUAGUUAAAUCUUUCAAAAUACUGCUAGCGUUUAACUUUAACCCUUAUGUACAGGCAGUUUUGAGGAAACUGUAUCAUCCAGUUGCUAUCAUCAUAGGCAGCACUGGAAUUCAAGUAUUAAUCUGUACACUUUGGUUAAUUUUAAACGAGCCACAUGAAGAAAGAGUGCCAUAUGAAAGAACCAUUUUGCUCCAGUGUAAUGAAGGGUCGUAUAUGGCGUUUGGAGUGAUGCUUGGGUACAUAGCUUUGCUCGCUGUGGUGUGUUUUGUAUGCGCGUUCAAGAUCAGAAAGUUGCCUGAAAACUACAAUGAAGCCAAAUUUAUCACUUUUGGUAUGCUUGUUUAUUUUAUAUCUUGGGUCAUCUUUGUUCCAAUAUAUGUCACAUCAACAGGGAAAUACGUCCAGGCCAUCCAACUGGUGGUUAUUUUGAUUUCAAGUUAUGGAAUACUGAUCUGCCAGUUCUUCCCAAAGUGUUAUGUGAUUCUCUUUAAAAAGGAACACAACACAAAGGAUGCCUUUUUAAAGAAUGUGUAUGAAUAUUCAGCAAAAACUGCAAACAACAUAGCGCUACCAAAUGGUCUACCUCCAGAUUCAAAACCUACAGCUAAGGAAGAGGAUUCAGCAUUCUGCAAAACCAAACCAGGGUUUUUAGCUGAUGAAACCUCUCUUCAAGUGAGAGCAAAUUAUAUCCAACAUGAAAGCUAUAGAAGGAUACUGGACAAUACAUUCCCAAGGAAAAGAGUUGCAAGUGUGUGAAUCCAGUUGCUCUGAAGAACUAUUUAUAGUUUGCUUCCUGGUGGUAUUCAUAGGUCAAACUUGGUUUAUUUUGUCAGGCUUCACUUAUAGUGACUGCAUUACUUGCUUCCAAGAACACCAACAUGAGAAGAUGUGACGAACAAAGAGUUCAGCUCUAUAUCCUAACACUCAUUUUAGAGUGAACCCCUGAUAAGCCUGAUACCCCACCAAAUUCCAGUUCUGAAAGUAUGUUUAAAUGCAAUUUAACCUGACUGCACCCUAUUCCGUGUGUACACCUUUGAUUUUUAACCCAAUAACAGUCCAAACUAAAACCCCCAAAUCAGAACCCAUAUUUAUGCACAUUAUUGUUUCGGGAAGGUGUUAUAUAGCACUGAUUUGUAUUACAUGUUGUUAUAGGUGGUUUCACUCUUAAAUUGCAUACUUUUUUCACGUUGAAUUUCUCAUUGUUUUUUUUUUGUUUGUUUGUUGUUAUAUGAAAAUAUCCUGGUAGAUCCCUCAUAUUUACCUUUAGGGUUCAGUCACUUGGUAAUAUUCGUUGAAUGACACAAACUGGAUUAGGAAUAGUAAACCAGGAUAACACCUUGACUUGAAAUGUUAAAAUAAGUUUUAAAAGACUCAGGGCUUGGGUAAUGUUAGUGUCAGUAAUCCAACCAUAUGAAGGCGUAUGACCUUCAUUUUUCAUGUUGUAAGCGUACAGUAUACCCCAAUGCAAAAAAGAUCAGUAACACAAUUAUAACACAAACUGUGUUUUAAUGAUUGCAUUUUGAAUAGAGCUUUUAGAUUAUACUGUAUGUAACUUACACUAUGUACUGCAAAUGUUUCAUAAUGCCAGCUAUGGUUUGUUAUACAUAUAUUUGCUUACAUGUAGUUGGAAGUUGAAAGUGAGUCAUUUAGGAUAUUAACUUGAUUUUUAAUUGCUGUUUGUUGUGUUUUAUGGGUUGGGAGAGUUCACAGCUGGCUCUUUUUAAUUUAAACAUUUCAUUGGAAGGGGAGGGAGGGAUAACUACAAUUGGAGGGUUUUCGUUUUCUUUUUAAUCAGUGGCGCUGAAGAUGGGUUAAAAAGUGUAUAGUGUUUUGAAAAGCAAAAAAGGGGAGAGGGGGAAGAUGUGUGUCUGAUUUCUUGGAAUGUCAAAAUGUAUUUGUUUAUUUGAUUCACUCUUGUUUUGACAUUUUUAACGUUGAUUUAUAACCAUUUUUUGUAUAAUAAAGUAACAUUAAAAAAUAAGAAAUAUGUUGAAUAAAAAGAAAAAUCUACUUAUUUGUAACUAAACAUGUAGUACUUGUAACAUAGGAAGUUGUUAGCAGGUGGCGCUUUGAAAAAAGCCACAAAUGUAAAAUACAUUGUUUGUGCUCUUAACCCACUUGUCAAUAAAGUUCAGUUAUUGAAGCUAUGCAGUCACUUACAGUUAUACAUUACAUGGUCAGAAGUGAACAAAAUUCUAUAGAAAAAAGGAAAAAAAGAAAUGGAGCAACUUAAUCCUCCAAAUAGUCUGUGUCUAGACAGUAAUCUGGCAGAAAACUGGAGAACAUGGAUACAGAAAUUCAAACUGUUUGUGACGGCGAGCAGAAUACCGGAGAAGACAGAGACGGUAAGAAGCAACAAAGCCUCGGUAUUUAAUACAUUCAAGUUUCAUGAUGCAGAAGACAGAUAAGUUAACAGUAUUAAAAGAAAAAAUGUGAACAGUAUUCUGAGUCAAGAAAGAACAUGCAAUAGACAGAUAUUAUUUACGAGAGUGCAAGGACUGUCUGAAACGAUAGAUGCGUACGUGACUGAUCUAAAAAAAAAAACCAAGCUAAGAGCUGUGAGUUUGUGCAGCUAACCGAGUCACUUAUACGAGACAGAAUUGUGUGUGGCAUUAGGAAUGACCAGCUCAGAGGCAGACUUCUCAGAGAAGCGGACACACUACAAAAAGCAGUGGAUAUAUGCCGCGCUAGUGAAGUCAGCCACAGUCAUUUGAAAGCACUCAAUGAUGAAACAGAAAUACAAGUUCACAACCAAAAGUUAGUUACGCCAGACACAAGUCAUUUUAAAAGCAACAGCUCACGAAAAACAGUUGAAUACAAAAAACAAUAUGAAAAGAUUAAAGGAAAUGUGGUAGCUGUGGUUAUGCACACGAAAAACGAAAAUGUCCUGUUUGGACAAAUGUGCAAUACCUGCCUCAAGAAAAAACACUUCGCAAGAAUGUGCAGAACGCAAUUCCAGACGAAGCGUAAGAAAAUACAUGCGUUAGACGAAGAGGACACCACAGAUGAAAGGUUUAUUGGCACAAUUGAAAACCGCAGAGAUGAGAGCAAACUGCAGAUUAGAGCUGUUAAUGUUAAGGAACUCACUGAUAAUAGAAAGGAUUGGACAGAAACCCUUCAAAUAAAAAGUAAAAACUGUUCAAUUCAAGGUCGACACUGGAUGUAAUGUAAUAUCCACUCGAAUUUUUGAAAUGCUAAAAUCUAAAAGUUGAUAAAAUGAGCAAAUCCAUGUACAAACUAGUGACUUACUCAAGACACCAGAUUACUCCAAAAGGACAAAAAGUGCUCACUUGCGACUACAAAGGCAAGAAAUAUGACUUUCAGUUCCAAAUAAUUGAGCAGGAUGCACCAGCAAUAUUGGGUCACUCUACAUGCUUGCAGUUAGGCAUGCUGAAGAGGAUCUUUGAUGUGGACUGCAGUGGA